AUGUCGUCGUUAAUUGCUUUCCUUAAUAAGAAUGCGCCUAACCAAGAGCCAGUCUACAGAAAAGUGGCUGUUGUUGAAAAUUUCUUCGAUAUUAUUUACACUGUUCAUGUGGAAUUAGAAGGAAGGCCGGGUAAACAUGCUGGACAAAAGCGUACUUAUAGAACAAUCACGGAGACGUACGCGUUCCUGCCGCGGGAGGCAGUCACGCGCUUCCUCACCGGAUGUGCGGAGUGUGCGCGGCGCCCGCGCAGUGCUUCCCCUCCACCCCUGCCUACUCCCUCCCCAUCACCAACGAGGCACCCCACUUUCCUCCCCUUUAUACCCCACAACGUGCCUGAUUACACACGAAACUGGGAAUCAGAAAUAGAUGCAGCACACUCGAACUAUUACGAACCGAAGUUUGAUUAUACAGAUCUUCAGCCUCUUAAAAAAGUUGAAAGCCCAAAGCCUACUGAUAUUGAAGAGGAACCUACGUAUAUUGAACUUACGUCAAAAAAAAUUAACGGAUUUGAAGGAACACCUCUCUUAGGCAGAAGUUCCUCAACUGAGCCACCGUUCAGGGAGGAGGAACCAGUUAGAACUGAUCCCGAGAUAGACAAAGAUGAAAACAGUCUCAUAGAUGUAGAAGACGUAAACCCUGAACCUCCCAUUAUAUUACAACAGGAUGAAGAAUCAAAAUGUGAAACAGAAAGUACUAAGGCAACAGAUAACGGUGGUAAUAAAGAAAAGAGUGAAGUUAAGAAAAAGUUCAAUCCUCUCGAUGUGGCAAACUUAACAUCAAAAGAUCCACCAAAAUCAAGAUCGCCUCCGAGGAAAAAGUUGCUUCCUACUAGUUUGGAGUGUUCAAACACAUUUGGGAGGGUCCCUAAGCCGUGGAGGCCAGACGGAGGACUAUUUUAUGGAGGAGAGGAGGUAGAUUACAGCGUUCCCAUUACAACGGCGUAUUUGAAGCAUAUGAGAAGUAUGGCGUACCAGGAACGCAUGGAUACAGAUAAUAAGGUGAGUUUGUAA